AUGCGUCGAGACACUAAAUUUAGCAUAGAUAUGAUUGAUCUAUUUGGUGACGAAGAAGUAUAUGACGAGGAAUAUGAACAGAAAAAUCAGAAGUGCUUAAAGAAAACUCAUAGCGAUAUUGAUAUCAUAUCUAUUCGUAGACCUGCAAUCAAGAAUCCUGUUACUACAUCUAGCAUACAUAUUGUAUAUAAAAUGACAACAAUGCAAGAUCGCAAGAGCAAGCUAACUCAAGCUAUUGAUAAAAUUAUAACGCAAAAUAUUGAGGAAGCAGACUGUAAUAUUCAUGCUACUAAAGCUAUCAAUAAACUCUUAAUACAGGAGGUUGGGAAGGACUGGAAAACUUAUAUAGAAAAGCAAGAUCGUUUCAAGAGAAGUGUCAUCCUCCUCUUGUGA